UCCAGGCCGAGGAAGCCGAACGACGAGCUCAGCUGAUGCAACCUGGCUGGACUCUCGUUGACUGUUCCUGGCACGCGGCGGUGGCUACUGAGGAAGAGUCGCGGGUACCAGGCUAAGCGCGGGAAGGAGGGGUAGCGGAGCCAUGGGGGACGCUCCCAGUCCUGAAGAGAAGCUGCACCUUAUCACUCGGAACCUGCAGGAGGUUCUGGGGGAAGAGAAGCUGAAGGAGAUACUGAAGGAGCGGGAACUUAAAGUUUACUGGGGAACAGCAACCACAGGCAAGCCACAUGUGGCUUACUUCGUGCCCAUGUCUAAGAUUGCAGACUUCCUGAAGGCAGGAUGUGAGGUAACAAUUCUGUUUGCGGACCUUCAUGCGUACUUGGAUAACAUGAAAGCCCCAUGGGACCUUCUAGAACUCCGAACCAGUUACUAUGAGAAUGUGAUCAAGGCAAUGCUAGAGAGCAUUGGCGUGCCCUUGGAGAAGCUCAAGUUCAUCAAAGGCACUGAUUACCAGCUCAGCAAAGAGUACACACUAGAUAUGUACAAACUCUCCUCUGUGGUCACACAACAUGAUGCCAAGAAAGCUGGAGCUGAGGUUGUAAAGCAGGUGGAGCACCCUUUGCUGAGUGGUCUGUUAUACCCUGGACUACAGGCUUUGGAUGAAGAAUAUUUAAAAGUAGAUGCCCAAUUUGGAGGCAUUGAUCAGAGAAAGAUUUUCACCUUUGCGGAGAAGUACCUCCCUGCACUUGGCUACUCAAAACGGGUUCAUCUGAUGAAUCCUAUGGUCCCAGGACUAACUGGCAGCAAAAUGAGCUCUUCAGAAGAGGAGUCCAAGAUUGAUCUCCUUGAUCGAAAGGAAGAUGUGAAGAAAAAAUUGAAGAAGGCCUUCUGUGAGCCAGGAAAUGUGGAGAACAAUGGAGUUCUGUCCUUCAUCAGGCAUGUCCUCUUUCCCCUCAAGUCUGAGUUUGUGAUCCUUCGAGAUGAGAAAUGGGGUGGAAACAAAACCUACACAGCUUACUUGGACCUGGAAAAGGACUUUGCUGAUGAGGUUGUACACCCUGGAGACCUAAAGAAUUCUGUUGAAGUUUCCCUGAACAAGUUGCUGGAUCCCAUCCGGGAAAAGUUUAAUACCCCUGCACUGAAGAAACUGACCAGUGCUGCUUAUCCAGAUCCCUCAAAGCAGAAGCCAAUUGCCAAAGGUGUCAAGAAUUCAGAACCAGAGAUCAUCCCAUCCCGGCUGGAUAUCCGUGUGGGGAAAAUUAUCAGUGUGGAGAAGCAUCCAGAUGCAGACAGUCUGUAUGUGGAGAAGAUUGACGUGGGGGAAGCUGAACCACGGACUGUGGUGAGCGGCCUGGUGCAGUUUGUGCCCAGGGAGGAACUGCAGGACAGGCUGGUGGUGGUGCUGUGCAAUAUGAAACCCCAGAAGAUGCGAGGAGUCGAGUCCCAAGGCAUGCUUCUGUGUGCUUCUAUAGAAGGGGUAAGCCGCCAGGUUGAACCUCUGGACCCUCCUGCAGGCUCUGCUCCUGGUGAGCGAGUAUUUGUGAAGGGCUAUGAGAAAGGCCAACCAGAUGAGGAGCUCAGGCCCAAGAAGAAAGUCUUUGAGAAGUUGCAGGCUGACUUUAAAAUUUCUGAGGAGUGCAUCGCACAGUGGAAGCAAACCAACUUCAUGACCAAGCUGGGGCAUGUUUCCUGUAAAUCGCUGAAAGGGGGGAACAUUAGCUAGCCAGCCCAACACCUUCCUCCCUUCUCCCACCAUCCUGGGUCAUCUGCUGUCUCAAUUUGCUCCACCCAUCACCUAUUUACCCAUCUCUCAGGACACUGAAGCAGCAGGUUUGGGACUGUCUGUCAGGUACAGAACUUGUUAAGGGGCAGCUCGCCCUCCCCAGAAUCCAGGAUCAUCCUCUCUGGCUGUGGUGAGAGCCUGACCCCCUCCCCGGGUACUGAGGGCUGAGCAGAGCAGGGAGUCCAGCUCUGCUUUCUUCCCUUGGCAGCUGACUUGAGAAAUCUGGUUUCAAUAUAACUCAUAGGAAAGGUUUAUGCCACAAUCCUUGUAAUUGGAAAAAUAGUGGUUCCCAGGUUCUCUUGGAGUUACCCAACAGCUGUACCUGUAGCUGGGAUCUAGUGCCUGGAUUGGGCUAAUUAAAGCUUCUCCCCAACAGGAAAUUGUGGGAUUUGAAAAGGAAGGAGAAAGGAAAACAGAAAACCUAGUGGUCUACCAAGCAGUUGGCAGCUUUCCCGAAGCCUGCCUACCCUGAGACUUGGCAUGGGGGGUGGAGGCACAGGGCCUACCCCAGGGAUCCUGGAAUUUCUCUUGAUCCAGCUAGGUUGGGAAACUCCCUAAACCAGCUGUAUGUUGUUAGCAUCAGGAGUGGAAUGGAUGGCACAGAGUGUUCUUUCUUCAGAGAGGGUGGGGUACUUCUCCAUAAGGCAUCUCAAUCACUAACCAUCACUGUCAUAAAUUCAAAUAAAAUAUCUGAACAAGG